AUCCACUGGGUCACCCUUGUCCACUUGCUUGUUGACUCCCUCGAAAAAUUCUAGUAGAUUGGUGAGGUCUGUCCCAGCUGGACGCCCCAGCCAUGGGCAGAGCCCUGCUGCCACCACAGGAUGCCAGGGAAUGGGAGCUCUCAUCUCAGGGUCCCCCAUGGAGACCAGGGAGUCCUUCCCCCCCUGUGGCCACUCUGAGGGUCCUGAUCCUCGCCCUGCUCUGGAGGGGGUCCCUGUCCCAGCUGCCCAGAUUUACCCUGACGGUGCCGCAGUCGGUGUCGGUGCAGGAGGGUCUCUGCAUUCUUGUCCCCUGCACCUUCACGUACCCAGUCUCAUUUGACACUGAAAAUCCCCAGACCCAGCUCUACGGAUACUGGUUCAAGGGUCAGGCCAUUGAGGGCCAGGAUCUGCUUGUGGCCAGCAGUGACCCCAGCCGGGGGGUGUCGCAGGAGACCCAGGGCCGGUUCUGGCUUGCAGGGGAUCUGCUAAGUGGCGACUGCUCCCUGCAAAUCAGCGAUGCCCAGAGGACGGAUGAGGGGAGAUAUUUCCUUAGAAUUGAGAAAGGAACAUUGAAAUACAGUUACCUCUCCAAUAACGAUCGCACUCACCCUACGCUCACAAUCUCAGUACCAGGGCUGACGGAGGAGCCAGAGAUCCAGAUCUCGCCGGCGCGGGGGCUGCCAGGGACGCUGCUGGCCGGGGAGCCGGUGACUGUGACCUGCACGGCCCCUGGGCGCUGCUCCGGGCCCCCUCCCCGAGUCACCUGGACGGGGCCGUUCAGCGACACAGCCCGGAACGUCUCAGCCCAGCUGGCGAACGGCACCUGGGCCCACAGCUCCGCGCUCAGCUUCACGCCCGGCCCGGGGGACCACGGCAAAGAGCUCGUCUGCAGCGUCACCUACAGGCCACCACGGGGACCUUCCACCCGCAGAACCGUCCGGCUCCACGUCGGCUACAGCUCCUGGCUGAACGCGUCCUGCCAGCACCAGGGGCCCAGCAUCAGCUGCAGCUGCUCCCUGCGCUCCCAGCCCCCACCCCAGCUCCAGUGGCAGGUGGACGGGGAGCCCCUGGCUGGGAACAGCUCACGGGGGGCCCUGCAGGUCAGCUCCUGGGCCCAGGGGGACGAGGCCGUCAGCACCCUGAGCUGGACCAGGAAUGGAGACGGGAGCCCUCAGAUCUUCUGCCUCGGCUCCAGCGCUGGCAGGAUGUUCGCUGUCCUGCUGAGCCCACCGGAAACAGGUGGCCUCACUCAGGCAUUUAUCGAAGUCACCUGCAAACUCGUCUUCGUGGCGACUGGAUUCUUCCUGGCCUAUUACCUCACCCUGCUCUAUUACAGACGGACACCCUGCUGCUCUCGUGGAAGCAGAAGGAAGGACAGGCCGGGGGCCAGGGAAUCCACAGUGCCCAAGUCCGGCGUGUAGAUCAGGCCGUUCCUCAGCCACCGAAGAGCCAACAAGGAACUGGAAUCUCACAGGACUGAGGAAAUGGAGAAUGAGACCUCAGCUGGGGGCACUGCCACCCCGGGUGAGGCCAAUGGGCCUGUUUAGCCCAGUUCCUGGCCCCCUCCCUACCCCUCCAGCUCAGACCCAUGGGCCUGGGCAGCACGUGGAAGCUGCCUGUAAUAUUGAUAUGACCAGUAGAUGAUCUGUUUGUUGCCCUGAUGGUUAUGACCAGGGCCGGCCUUAGGGAAAAUGGCACCCUGGGUGAACUUGUAUUAUGGUGUCCCCCCAUCAUUCCUGGCCCCCAAGGAGUCCCUGGGUUCCCCUCCCCCAUCACCUCUGGGCCCCAUUGCCUCCGACGGUGUUUAAUUUGUAUUGAAAGAGAUGCCAGAGCUCAGCUGUGGCUCAAAUUAAGCCCUGGCAGGGCGGCCUGAUACUGGCGGGUGCUGGCCGGGCACCCAGCUCUGAAGGCAGCACCACCGCCAGCAGCAGCGCAGAAGUCAGGGGGGCCUGGCACAUGGGGUGUUGCCACCCUCCUGCGCUGCUGCUGGGGCUUGUGGUGCCUGGUGCUCGGCAUGUGGCUCAAGGCUUCGCGCUGCCACACGUGGGCUGCAUCUCACCAGAGCCCACGGCCUCCCGCAGCCCCCUGGCCACUCCUGGCUCACCCGGGGGGGGGCACCAGUUCAGACUUGGGGCGGGGGGAGGAAAUUUUAGCCAUGAUUGCAGGGACUACUUAGGCACCCGAACACUCUUGGGGCUUUGCAGAUAAUAACAUAGGGAUUCGCUGACAGGAGCACUGUGUCUAAUUGUUAUAUAAAGAAAGAAAUUAAACCCAAGUUUAAAGUUUAUAUGUAAAUUUAGAACAAUCAGGAGCUAAUACAGCAAGAUAUUCCCAAUCCCAAGCCUUGAGAUAUCAGUUCUGGGGCUUUAACACAGCUAUCGGUGUGCAAGUUGGGAAAAGCGCAGACAUCUUAGUCUGCCAGGAAGCGCAAGAGUCAGGCUAACUCUAACAGCUAAUAACGCGAGACUCCCAAGCAGGGCCUGGACGAGUGGAAAAGGAUUGUAAGAGAUGCUGGUUUUCGACCAUGUGUUAGAUAAGAAUGGAACACAGACGGUAGCAGGAAUUGCUGAGGAAAGUAAGGUCUCAGGAAGGAAUAUGUAUAAACAAGAUGCAGCUGUUGAUCAUCACUGUAUGUGACAAAAGGUAUAAAUGCUUGACCUCAGUGUUUAGCUUUUGGGAGACCUUCCGUUGUGCAUUCUCCCCCUUGCAAUAUUGCUUGAGAAUAAACUGCCUCUGACAUGUUGCAACCAACCUCAGAGCGAGGACUCGUUUUUCUCCCACAUCAGAAACAGACGUUUGAUACUUCGCUCACUAUCCUUAGUAGAGAUAAAUAAAUACAAAUAAAAUCUGCUUCCACAGACA